GACUUCUCCCCCCUCCUCCUCUCUUCUCCUCCUCUCCUCUCCUCUCUCUCUCCCCUCUCUCUCUCUCCCGCCGCUUUAAAGACCAAAAACUUUCUGUUUUGUUCUUCAACUCUUCAGCCUCACUUCUCUGCCCUUCGGCUUGACGGCUCCUUCUCUUCUCCUCCCGCUUCUUUCUCCCUCCAUCACUGAGCUUGUUUAGUGUGGUCUCUCUCCCUCUCUCUCUCUCUCUCUCUCUCUCUCUCUCUCCCUCUCUCUCUCUCUGGGUCCUAAACCCGAAGAUGCUGCCCCUCAGCAGCCCUCCUCGAGCUCGAGCUCCAACUCUUCACUGAGAAAACAAAAGAAAAACGGGGGAUAUUCCAGCUCGGCUCCUCUGAGUGUUUUCCUCUGUUGUUGUUUGCGCGGUGACCGUCAUGCUACUCGGGAUUAUUUUGUUGUUUUCCUCCUCGCUCCACGUGUCCCGCGCGCUUCUCCCUAUUCCCGCCUCCAGCCCGCGCGCAGCACCUGCCGGACGCAGCUCCGGGUUCGUGCGCUCCGUGGACCGGCUGUACCGCGGCGGCGGGCGCGCGGGCUUCCUCCUGGACAUGGACGGCCGGCGCUUCCAGCUCGACCUGGAGAGGGACGAGAGCGCGUCGGUGGAACGCGAGCUCAUGUUCGGACGCGGGCGCGCGCGCCAUCGCUGCGCGUACCGCGGCACGGUGGACUCGAAGCCCGAGUCUCUGGCGGUGUUCGAGUUGUGCGGCGGACGCAUGCGCGGCUUCUUCGCCGUGGACGGCGCGCGCUACACGGUGCGUGCGCUCCCGCGCUCCUCCGUCUACUGCUACAAGCGCGAGGGCUUCCGCUUCCAGGCAGCGCGGGGGGCGGAGGCGCGCGACAGUUGCGGCACACGCGACGCCGAGGAGAAACGGGUGUCCCACGCAGGGGGGAGGAGGAGGCGAGGAAGGUCGGUGUCGCGCGCGCGGCACGUGGAGUUGCUGCUGGUGGCCGACGAGAGCAUGGCGAGGAAGUACGGCUCCGAGCUGCGGCACUACCUGCUCACGCUGGCGUCCAUUGCCUCGCGCCUCUAUGGUCACGCCAGCAUCGAGAACCCCGUGCGCCUGGCCGUGGUGAAGGUGACCGUGCUGACGGAGAAGGAGAAGGGCCUGGAGGUGUCGCGCAACGCCGCCGCCACGCUCAAGAGCUUCUGCAAGUGGCAGAACCAGCAGAACCCGCUGGACGACGACCACGAGCAUCACCACGACGCUGCCAUCCUCUUCACCAGGCAGGACCUGUGCGGGCAUCACUCGUGCGAUACUCUGGGCAUGGCUGAUGUGGGAACUGUGUGCUCUCCAGAGAGGAGCUGCGCUGUCAUCGAGGAUGACGGCCUGCACGCCGCCUUCACCGUUGCUCAUGAGAUUGGGCACCUUUUAGGACUGUCCCACGAUGACUCCAAGUUCUGUGAGGAGAGGUUCGGCUCCACCGAGGACAAGAGGCUUAUGUCUUCCAUCCUAACGUCCAUCGAUGCCUCCAAACCCUGGAGCCGCUGUACCUCGGCCACCAUCACCGACUUCUUUGAUGAUGGAAAUGCGGAAUGUUUGCUGGACAUGCCACGCCAACCUAUCCUGGGCCCUGAGGAGCUCCCAGGUCAGAGCUAUGAUGCAGUGCGCCAGUGUCGGCUAGCUUUCGGGCCUGAGUACACAGUGUGUCCGGGCAUGGACGUGUGCGCCCGCCUGUGGUGUGCCGUGAUCAGGAAGGGCCAGAUGGUGUGCCUGACCAAGAAGCUUCCAGCUGUGGAGGGCACACCCUGCGGCAAGGGCAGGAUAUGCCUACAAGGGAAGUGUGUGGACAAGACCCGCAAGAGGCACUAUUCGGCCUCUAACCACGGUAGCUGGAGUUCCUGGGGACCAUGGGGGACAUGCUCUCGGACAUGUGGAGGUGGAGUGCAGUUCGCCCACCGUCUGUGCAACAACCCCCCUCCUCGCAAUAACGGACGCUACUGCACAGGAAAGAGAGCCAUCUACAGGUCCUGCAAUGUCACUCCCUGCCCUGCGCAAAGUAAGACUCUUAGGCAAGAGCAGUGUGAAGUGAGGAACGGGCCUCAGACUGACCCUAAAGGAGUAAAGACCUUUGUGGAGUGGGUUCCCAAAUAUGCUGGUGUACUGCCAAAGGACAUGUGCAAGCUGACUUGUAGGGCCAAGGGCACAGGCUACUAUGUAGUCUUCUCUCAACGGGUGAUAGAUGGAACUGAAUGUAGGCCCUACAGCAGCUCAGUGUGCGUGAAAGGGAAGUGUGUGCGCACUGGCUGUGAUGGAAUCAUAGGCUCCAAGCUGCAGUAUGACAAGUGCGGCAUCUGUGGCGGCGACAGCACCAGCUGUAUAAAAGUGGCUGGCAACUUCACAAAGAAGUGUAAGGGCUAUACUGAUGUUGUGAAGAUCCCCGAAGGCUCAACUCACAUCAAGGUCCGUCAGUACAUGCCAAAAGGUCAGACUCGCUUCACAGCCUACCUAGCCCUCCGUCGGCCCGGAGGAGAUUACCUCCUCAACGGCAAGUUCAUGAUCUCCACCUCGGAGACCGUCAUCCCCUUGAAUGGCACUAUGUUCAACUACAGUGGCUGGAGCCAGCAUGAUGAGGCCCUUCACAGCAUGGGGCCUGGGGCUCUCAGAGAGAGCCUAGUGGUCCAGAUUCUGGCAACAGACGCAAAGAAGCCACUAGACAUACGCUACAGCUUCUUCAUGCCACGCAAAACUCCGCUCCCGCCUCGGACCUCCUCACUGCUUUCCGCCACAGCUGCAGCUUUGUCCUCAGCUGAGGUGUUGACCAUGACCACGGAGAUGCCCUCCACGACCAUACCUGCAUCAACGACCCCACCUGGACCUAGGUGGGUGACAGGGACAUGGAUGACUUGCUCCAGGACUUGUGACACGGGCUGGCAGAGUCGCACCGUUCAGUGCAAAGACCCUCAGGGUAAACUAAAUAAGGGGUGCCCUCUGGGAGCUAGACCUUCAGCCUUCAAACACUGCCUUGUUAAAAAGUGCUGAAGAACCUUCAAGGAGACAGACUUGGGAACGCUUGCUCUUAUGAACACAUGACUCUUCUUCCACAUCCGCAGUGGAAGGUCUCAAGAAGAGAUGGACAGAUUGGAGCACAUAGAAUCUUUUGGAGCAGAACCAUAGAAGGUUCUUUUGCAGUCGUGAUUUUUCUAAUGCUGUUUCAUGGCCUAGAAUGUCACUGUGGAACUUUGGCUUGUAUUCUGACAAGGAGCGCCGGCCCUGGCCUCUAAUGCAAAACAGUGACUUCAUCUGCAGUCUGGAUUCACUGAUAAAUAGCCACUCCUCUCCUAACGACCACAUCUCCUUGUCCAGCCACUCCCCUUUGGGGUUCAGUGCACAUCCAUCACCAGAUCAGAUUUGAACUGCAACCUAGCAAUGGCAACAGAAAUUAAACUUUGAGUUCAUGUAGAGGACUGCAGGUGAAUAUUUCCACACUAUGGGACUGUAGUGAGACUACUCUGGCUUUGGAGUUCGACAGCUCUAACAAUGGUGCAGACCUUCUAGAAAUGGAAGCUUGCAAACAUGCCCUUUAGAGUGUAUUUGUGACCAAUACCUGUUACUAUUUUCUUAUGUUUAUGUCCAGCACAUUUUCAAAACAGCUUGAUGGACUUUUCUUUAAGGGCACAUUUUCACAUUUCAUUGUGAGAAUUUUGCCCUCUAUGUGUGUAUGUCUCUUUCUCUGUGUGUUCAGGAUCACUUAUGUUUAUGUGCCCUGGAUUCUUGCACACCAAGAGGAUAACUCAGACCAUACUUCCUAUCCCAUGUUUUCCACUAUUGACACUUUUCCAUGUAGAAUUCGGAACACUGGCUGAAGGAAUUCUCCAGAGUUUUUCACAUCUCUAUCUGUAGUGAAUUGUCAGAAGUCAGAGACCACCUUUCAUUUAUUUACAGUUAAAUCAGCCGUUAAGUGUAAGUUAACCCUUAUUCAGCAUUCGAAAAAAAGCAGGAAAAUGAAACAGAAGCUUCAACAACUAUAUAUAAUUUCAGUUUUUUGGUUCUUCAAAGGUAGUUUAGUAAAGGCAGUGAUUCUGUUUAGAAU